AUGACCUGUCAGCUCCUCAAGUACCUCAAGUACCUCCUGUCCUCCGCUUUGCACUCACUCCUCUCUCUGAGAAAGGACUUUGAAAUCAGCAAUCUGCAGAGCAAAGUCGAUGUUGAGCAAGUCCUGAAUACCCAAAUACAAAAGAAAAUUAAAGAGCUUCAGGCUCGCACUGAAGAGUUAGAAGAAGCAAUAGAGUCUGAGCGCUCGGCUCGAGCCAAAGUGGAGAAGCAGCGAUGUGAUCUGUCCCGAGAGCUGGAGGAGAUCAGCGAGAGGCUGGAUGAGGCCGGGGGGGCCACCGCCGCUCAGGCCGAGAUGAACAAGAAGCACGACACCGAUUUCCAGAGGCUGCGUCGUGAUCUAGAGGAAUCCUCCCUGCAGCACGACACCAUCGCUGCAACUCUGCGCAAGAAACAGGCCGAUAGUGUGGCCGAACUCAGCGAGCAGAUCGAAAACCUCCAGAGAGUCAAGCAGAAACAGGAGAAGGAGAAUAGUGAGCUGAAGAUGGAAAUCGACGACAUGGCGAGCAACACGGAGAGUGUCCUGAAAAGCAAGGCUCAUCUGGAGAAACUGUGCAGGAGCCUUGAAGAUCAGAUGAAUGAAUAUAAAACCAAAGCAGACGAAGCCCAGAGGUCUCUGAGUGAUUACACAACGCUCAGUAGUCGCCAAACAACUGAAAAUGGUGAGCUAACCCGUAUGCUGGAGGAGAAGGAGAUCACUCUGUCGCAGCUGAACAGAAUCAAAAACGUCGGAGGUCAACAGAUUGAAGAGUUGAAGCGACUCUUGGAUGAAGAAACUAAGACAAAGAACGCCCUGGCGCACGCUUUGCAGUCGUCUCGACACGACUGUGAGCUGCUGAGGGAGCAGUACGAGGAGGAGCAGGAGGCCAAAGGGAAGCUGCACCGCUGCCUGUCCAAAGCCAACAGAGAGGUGUCCCAGUGGAGGACCAAAUACGACACGGACGCCAUCCAACGCACCGAGGAGCUGGAGGAGGCUAAGAAGAAGCUGGCUCAGCGGCUGCAGGAGUCUGAGGAAAUGACAGAGGCAGCUAAUGUCAAAUGUGCAUCUCUGGAUAAAACCAAGCUGAGGCUGCAGGCGGAGGUGGAGGAUCUCAUGGUGGAGCUGGAAAGGUCAAAUGCAGCCAAUGCGGCGUUGGACAAGAAACAGAGAAACUUUGACAAGGUUCUGGUUGAAUAUAAACAGAAACAUGAGGAGAGUCAGGCAGAUCUGGAGGUUUCCCAGAGAGAGUCUCGAGUGUUGAGCACAGACCUUUUCAAACUGAAAAAUUCCUACGAAGAGGCUUUGGAUCAUCUGGAGUCGAUGAAAAGAGGGAAUAAAAACAUUCAGAAGGAGAUUACAGAAAUCACAGAGCAAGUCGGACAAUCUACUAACAUAUGUCAUGAGCUGGAGAGAGUUGCAAAGCAAGCCGAACAGGAGAGGAGAGAAACCCAGGCGACUCUGGAGGAAGUGGAGUCCAACCUGGAACACGAGGAGGCAAAGAUCCUGCACCUUCAACUGGAGCUGAACCAGGUCAAGUCAGAGGUGGACGGAAAGGUGUCUGAGAAGGACGAGGAAAUAGACCAGCUCAAGAGGAAUAACCAGAGGACCGUGGACACUCUGCAGAGCACGCUGGACGCCGAGACACGCAGCAGGAACGACGCCAUGCGGAUGAAGAAGAAGAUGGAGGGGGAUCUGAACGAGAUGGAGGUCCAGCUGAGUCACGCAAACCGCCAGGCGUCCGAGGCCACCAAACAGCUGAGGAACCUGCAGGCGCAGCUGAAGGUUGGUUAA